AUGAUAAAAGAUAAACGAAAAACAGAAGAAGAAACAGAAAAAAAGGAAGAUGACAAGAAAGAAAAACAAGAGAAUAAAGAAGAGAUAGAAGGAAAAGAAGAAGAUGGGAAAAUCAAAGUAGAAAAAGAAUAUACAAAAUCAAGACGGGGAAAUUCAUUCAGGCAAACACUACUAUGGCUAACAGAAGAACUUAACAAGGAAAGAAAACGUCAAAAAGAGAGGAAGAAAAAAAAGAUUAAAGAAACAGCAAUUGUUAAAUCCAAACCAAUAAAAUGGUAUUGUGAAAGUCUAAAGAAAGAGAAUACACAAUUUAAGUGCAUAAUAUGUAAAGGAAAACCCAAAGAAGAGACUAUUUGUUUAGUUAAUAAAGAAACAAUUCUUGUAAUAAACCAAGAAAGAGAAUAA